AAAGAUCGUGCAAAAUACACUGUAAUUCCACGCUACAUUGAAGAAGAAAGGUAGGAAUCAACUUUUGAAAGUUUCUUGUUUAUUUUGAAAAUGGCUGACAAAAAUAAUUAUUGUUAACUAAUGUUAGAGUUUGUUUCACUGAAAAUCUUGAUCAACCAGGACUGUGGAUUAUGUUCAGCUUGUUUAAAUUAACAGCUUAUAUUUUGUUAAAGCUAUGAUAAAACGAGCUACUAAAAAGUGCAUCUUGAAUUGUUUUGCAUCAUUGCUACUAAAGGAGUUGAAAGCCGAUGUUGUGCGUUUUAUCACCCUCGUUCAAACCUGUCUUCCAUCAAAUCAGGUCGCCUAUUCGCCUGGAGUCUGAUUGUUGCAAGUGAUGCUGAAUUAACAAAUCGACAAAUUCUUUCCUUGGUCAAUUUAACAAAAAAAUUUGAUGUUGCUGUGCGUCUGUUCAGUAAUAGAUCACCGAUCUAAAGGUGGCGCAGGAGCUAGCCUACAUGUAACUGUACUAUCCCUCCCCCAUUCAGGGAGCACAGCCCAGUGGCCCCUAGCCUGGCACCCAACUUUUGCUCCAACUUUUGCUCCAACUUUUGCUGGGUACCCUAGAUUUUACAGGUUCAGAGCCCUGGGCAUCCUUCGAUUUUCCUUAGAGCACAGCCUUGCCCCCAUGCCUAUGAAAUUUGCUUUCCUCCAAUCUUGCCCCUCACAAAUAAAAGUCAAUAAGAUUUCAAGUUUCAAGUUUCAAGUUGCUGCUUUUUGUAUUAUAUUAUUUUAAUAUGAUACAAGAAGCAGGCGGUGAAUCAAACAACUGGGGAUUUCUUUUGGUUUUGUUUUUCUUCUAUUUUCCUACAAAAGAAGCCAGGGCCUGGUUCCUCGAAAGAUGGUUAAGUUUAACCCAGGAUUAAGCCCAAUUUGAGGCAAAGUUUUCUUGUCUAACAUCAUGUAACUCAAGCUUUCAAAAUGCUGUUAAGCCUCUACUCCGACAUACAGUAAUGAUAGCAGAAAAUGUGACUCCAAGCAAUACAUAGAAAGAUAAAAUACAAAAAUGGAACAAAAUGUUUAUCCUGGAUUAGCACUUGCCCUUCAGGAACUGGGCCCUGGGGUGUAAUCCUCAUCCACACAUAGCUGCGGGAAAUCCCCUGCACCUGGCCCGUUAUGACAGCCCUCUGGGAUGGUAAGAAAAACAGUAAAAUCCCCAUUUACCUGGGAUUUUCCUAACAUAAUAUAAAGUUAUCGGCGGCCAUCCUAGAAUGUAAGCAGACUCUUAUUUUCAUAGCCUCUAAGUUAGUGGGGUGGGAAGCAUAAGUGACGUGAGUGUUGAAUCCUCAAACAACAGAAAAAGCUAAGCAGCCUUUGUGUUAUUUCUUUGCACAAUAUAAAUCACUGUUUUCUUUUUCUUCUAAUUCAGAAGGUAUCCAAUAAAUUUCACAUUAAAAUGUAUUUAUAAUAAUGCACUUUUGUUACUGGAGUGUUGUAGUGCGAGUGGCUAAGUUCAGUCUUCAACCAAUUGGUCCAUCUGGAGUUAAGCUAAAUGAGCUGAUUGUUCUCAGUAAUAAAAAUUAUAAUAAUAAUGAUAGUUAUUAUUACUAGGUAUACCUAUCGAUAGAGUGCCAACGAGCAAGUCAUGCGUAUUUUGCAUAGGAAUGGAUUCCUUUUAUCCAACAUUUGACAGUUUCUUGGUCCCUUCCUUUUGAAAGGAUUAUUUUCGUGAAACUAAGGUGCUAUGCAAGUAGAAAGGUUCGGAGAAGAGUCAGUUCUCAGACUCCUGUGGCUUUACGAACCUGCUAUAUAAAAGUUUAAAGUGUCCUUAGGCACAUUUUUUUGAAAUUAUAAAACAGCUUGCAGAGGAAGCGAUCGGUAAUGUUUAGGGGGAAAUAUAAAAAAUGAUCGUUUCUCUUACCACUACAAAAUUAGUGUUGGUUCGGUUUCACUUUGUAGAUAAAUAUUUGUGCAGUUUAAUUAUUUAAACCUCCUCUGAAGUUUCCAGAGGCUUUUUGUUUCCCGAUUGAAUUUUAGAAUGAUUCGCUGUGCUGCUUGAAAUAUUUUCAAGGACAUGCGAUGUACGGCACGUCGGUAUUUUGUUUUGACCACAGGGGGCCCACACAAUCUGUUUGUGUAGCCGAUUGUUAUUUUAUAGUAAAUGUACUGGAUUUACCGUUUGCUUCACCUAUAGCGAUAUAUAUCGCUAACUAUGUAUAUAAAUCAAUGAUAAAUAAACGUUGAAUUACCUUACCUGUGGUGUAUAGUUGUCCUUUUGCCUACAGCCCAGUCUUGCACGUCUCUAUUCUGCUGCCGCCUCGCCAUCCGCGCGUCUUCGCUCGGAUGGCUCGUUGGCAAUUAUUUAGUGAUAUGGCAGUAUGACACAUCUGGAUGCCCAUGCAGCAUUAGUAAAAUAACCCAGGAGUUGAGCAUGUGAAUUAUUAAACAAUUAUAAACACUUAUAGGCAGGAGAAGUCAUUACGUCACAUUGCCAUGGUAGUAGAAUUUCAGGAUGACAACAAACCAAAAGUUAAUUUGCAGUGUUUCAAACUUCAUUGAUCUUAUACAAUUUCAUUUAAUUUUCAAAUGUUGGUGAAAUUUUCUGGGGUUGAAUCCGAAAGGACCAUAUCUAAGUUUUAGAAAAAAGAAGACAAAAUUUUUUUGGGUCGUGUUCACCUACUUCAUAAAGCAGGUACAUGAAAUUAGGAAGUUUCAUGUUGUAGCGUGAUGCAUGUGCAAAGCUGUUGUUUUGCUAACAUAAACCAACUGUUUUUUGUCACGUUCUCAUUGCCAUUGCUGUCAUCGUCGCUUAUAAGUUCCCCAUUGUUGUGAUCCAGAAAUCUUGCUACCAUGGUAACGUGACGUCAGACUUAUCCUCUCUGUUGGAUGAGGUUUUUGUGAUAUCUGGAGUAGUCAAAGUCGAGUAAAGUGUUAUCAGCCGAGCCAAAGGCUGAGGCUGAUAGUGAUAACACUGACGGAGACCUUGAUUAGUAGGACAUGAUGCAAACUUAAUCUAAUGUUUUAUCAUACAUUCUUUUGAAAAAAAAAAACAACAACAAACACAGCGUCGCACAGAACACACUUUGUGCCGUAGUUGGUAAUCAUGCAAAAAAUCCAAGCUCAACCUACAGAUUUGUCAGUUAUCUGCUACCAGAUAACUGACUAAUCUGCGGGUUGUGCUGAUUUCCAAAAUUAGCUGUAGGCUCUUAGCCAAUGAGGGACAAAUAGCGAGUGCAAUGUAUAAUAAUUUUUAUUUAAUCAUUAUAAUUACCAUUUUUUUUAUUCUUCAAAAUUUUUUUCUUCAAUAUAAUGUACAUGCAUCCAUACAGAGUAGGUUUAUUGUCUGGCACUAAUUGACUCAUGCCAUUCUCUUGAAAGAUGCCAGAUCACAAAGUUUUACUUGCGAGCUGUUCAUGAGAGAUCAUUCUUUUUUAUAAACUUAAAAACUUCAUUGAACUCUGGUACAAUGACAAUGGGUGCUUCCUGUCCAAAUGUAAGUGCAGAUCAGAAAUACUGGUUAUAACUUGAGGAAAAAUGACACACAGGACCUUGUUCCAAAUUUUAGUAGAACUGAUGGUUUUAAAUAUAGUUUUUUUAACCGUGUUGUAGAUGAAUGGAAUGGCAGGGCUCGAAAUUAACGCUCGCAAACUCGCAAAAUGCGAGUGAUUUUGAUAAUCUGCGAGUAAGAAAAAUAUCCACUAGCAAACGAUUGCGAGUUAGAAUUAUCCAUGUCUCCCAAACAAAGUGAAAUAAUUUGCUUGUGGUCUCACCAGUUUGCUAGCGGAAAAAAAUCUUACUAGCAAAACUUUGCAAGUGCACUAAAAAGAUAACUUCGAGCCCUGAAUGGUUUACCCAAUCAUAUUAGAGAAUCAAACAGUAUUGCAACUUUUAAAAGAAAUGUGUUAAGCUUUAGUAAGGUUAACUAGAACAUUUAUAUUUCUAUUUGUAUAUAUUUUUCUUAUAUGUUAAUUAGUGGGGGCAUCCUUAGUAUGGCGCAUUGGUGCUUUUGGUUGUCUCCUUCUCCACAACUUUUGUUUGUUUGUUUGUUUGUUUGUUUGUUUGUUAAAGUAGUGUUAGCUUAUUUCAUUUUAUUAUUUGCUUGUUAUGCAGUGGAGUGAAUCUGUAAUAAAUAAAUAAAUUAUCGAAUAGCGGAACCUCUGAUUUUCAUUCAAAAUCGCUCAAAAAACCGCUUUUGAGGCAAAAGGACGACUAUACACCACAGGCAAGGUAAUUCAACGUUUAUUUAUCAUUGAUUUAUAUACAUAGUUAGCGAUAUAUCGCUAUAGGUGAAGCAAACGGUAAAUCCAGUACAUUUACUAUGAAAUAACAAUCGGCUACACCAACAGAUUUUGUGCGCCCCCUGUGCAGAGACAGACCCUCUUGGGCUAAAAAAUGGUCUGCCAUGCGAUAAGAAGUGUUAUGAUUAUGAGGAUGCCCGCAAUGCAUCUUUUACGUAUUAUAACGGAGUUAUUAUUGUAUUCAAUUUUGACGAAUUUAGGAAAAAGAAAUUAAGGACUUUAAAGUUGCCAGUUUAUUUUGUGAACCCAGAAACGGGUAAUUUUACGAUCCUGCAUUCACUGUCGUCCUGGCCCAAUGACGUAUCACGUGGGAUCUUGGUACCUCUGCGCCGGAGGGAAAUGAUCACGGCGUUGAAGGACUAUCCUGGGAACAAAUCGUAAUCUUUGACGGCUUUAUUGAGUAUGUGUGUAGUGUUAGGAUGCUGACAAGGAGGAUUGAUUUCUUCUUGGUGGGGACGCUGAAGCAAACCAGAUAGCGAUACUGAGGAAAGUUUACUGAAAGAAAAUCAUGACGCUUUGAGCCACGCAAGUAGUCAGUGAGUUCGUUGUUAGGCAGAACAAAAUCUUUCUAAUCCACGAGAUAAUAUCUGCAUUAUAUUUCAGUUGGUCAAAGAAAAAUGAAACCUCCUUGUGCGCUACAUACUCCGUUCUUCACAACUUCUACAGCAAAUAACGUUUGAAAUGGGGCUGCAAUUCGAAAUAAAAUAGAUUAAAUGUUGUUCCCUUACUGACCUAGCCUGCGUGUUUAGCGUUCGAAAGAGAUAGGGAAAGGGGAGGAAUCGGUCGUGGGAGAAGGCGAAGGACGAGCCCGUUUCUAACGCCUGUCACGCACGCUCAAAAUGAAACUUCCUAGUUUGCAGCCGAGAGCAGAACAUUCCAACUUUCUUUAUUGAUUUUGUAUCAGUGCACGCAACCAUCUGAUUCCAUCUUUGCGAGCAAUGCACAAAUGUACAAUUUCCUAAUAAAUUGUUAGUUACACAACAGCUGCUAUAACGGUUUAACUUGUGCUGCUGGACUCAAUCCGGCAUGGUAUAUUCUGAAGUUUACUUAGUUUAACACUAAUUUCGUACUUAGAUCUCCGUUCGAGCUUAUUUUAAUGCUUUCACUACAGUUGGUAUGAUUUUCAGUCGAGAUUUAGAUUGCCUUAGUACCAAGUUAUGACGGCAACAAAUAUGAGAACAACAAAAUCUGAUUUGCUUCUAGUUUUCCUCGACAACAUACUUUUUUAGUGGAUUAGACUGAUCGUAACGUUAUGUAAUUAAAGCCAUUCAAACGGUAAUACUUUACAUCUUCCUGGUUUGGGCACCAUCCUUGUCCUUACUGAUCUGAGUGUUCAGGCUUUGCGGCUUUUAUUUGAUUGUAAGGUCAGUUUUUAAGCAGAAUUCGAUGAUAACAACAAGAUAACUCUACCUACAAUCAGCUGUAGUUCAGAGAUAAUUUUGGGCUCGCCUGAGAAACAUUUCGCGAUGCCACUCCGCUGGUUUCCCUUCAAAAUGACGUCUGAGGAACGAGCUCCGAAAUUCCAUAUUGAUGACGUGUCACUUACAGCUACCCAGAUCUGGGUAGUGCUUCUGAUUGGUUGAAGAAAAUUUGAAACAAAGCAGUACCCAGAUCUGCGUCAUGAUGCGUCAUCAGUGUGGAAUUCAUCACUAGUUCCAUCAUUUCGUAGGGAAACCAGUGGUGGCGUCGCAAGGCUAAUUGACCACUCCAGAAAAUACCAUAACGUAUCUUCAGUUUCUCUUUGGAGAUAAAAUGGCCCCAAGAGAAACUGAAAACAAUGCUUAUGCAAAAUUUUGGGGUGACAAACAAAGAGCAUUAUGGUAUGUUAUGGUAUUUUCUGGAGUGGUCAAUUUAGGGCUGGCUGGAGGGUGAUGUUCAUCUAUCGUAAAUUUUAAAGGCCGUUUGCUCAAAGAACAGCCCUUAGUGUAAAGGUUUUUGUCAAGAAUUGCUUUACGUACUGAUUUCUGAAAUUUAACUUUUAACUCUCUUUAUUUCCUUUUACUUUAACUGCGAAAUUAUUAAUACUUUUACACUGUUAUUUCUUCAGGUGUAACAGACGCGGGGCAGCAUCCAAAGGAUCCGAAAAAUGUGGCACAUGUCACUUCAGUAGAAUUCAUUAACACCGCUAAAAUCAUUCGUCAAUACAGCCUCAAAACAACGGUACCAGAAUGGGUGGUUUCGUGUCAACGUUUCAGUGUUUGGGCAGAAAUGAUCUGACAGAUGCAGACCGAACAAGAGAUCCCAUUGAAAACAUUGAAGGAAUAAAACCAUCACUCUCCCAAGAGAUACAGUCACCUCGCAAAUCCGAAGAUGAUGGUCCAGAAAAUGAUUUGUACAGUGUCUCACUUACUGAUACUCUUAACAGCUUUAGACUGGAGAAACGUUUUACUGAUUUUAUCAUCAUUGUCGACGGGAACCACUUUUCAGCCCACAAGAAUGUCUUGGCGGCCAGUUGUGAGUUCUUCAGAGAGAUGCUCAAUACAUCUGAAGAAAAUUGUUACGAGAUCAAAAAUGUGGAACCCAAAGCUGUCGAUGAAGUUCUAACUUUCCUUUACACUGGAAAGUGUUGGAUGUGUGAACAAAAUGCUGCUUCAGUUCUUUCUGUUGCAGGUCUUCUGGGUUUGUGUGAUUUACAAGAUGCUUUGGAAAUUUAUCUUUCACCAGCGGAAAGUGAAUAUAGGCGUGAGCAUGCUUGUGCAGAAGGAAAAUUGUUCGUGCAAAGUAGAAACUCGCUUUUGAUAGCAAUCCGGGGAUUUCAGAUUGAAGGACUAUUCUGUGAUGUCUCAUUGACAACUAAUUGUGGAAGCAUUAUCCCAGUUCACAGAAACAUUCUGGCAGCGGUCAGUGGUUACUUUCAAGGGCUUUUACGAUCUGAAAUGAAGGAGGUGAAGGAACGAUAUGUUGACUUAACGAUGGUUGAUGGCGCAACUGCCAGUGAGCUGCUAAAAUUUCUUUACUUGGGAAAAAUUUCCAUCACUUUUGACAACGUAAAGAGCUUACUGCAGGCCAGUGAUUAUUUGUUGAUAGAUACCUUGAAGACGACAAUUGCCAAGUUUCUGACGGAUUCACUGUCUAUGUCCAAUUUUUGGCAGCUGUUCUCUCUAGUUAAAUCCUUCGGUUUUCUGAAAGAGAUUCCUAUUUCGAGAAUAGUCUGCAGCAAUUAUUGGGAUAUCAGCAACUCGGACGAAUUUUUAGAGGCGACAGAAGAGGAUAUGAAAUUUUUCUUAUCAAACGACGAUAUUCUGUCAAGUGAAGCUCAAAUCUUAGAAUCUCUGAUCCGUUGGUACAAGUUUUCGAUGAAGCAAAGAAAAGGAUCCUUUCAAAACCUUCUUCAUCUCAUUCACAUGGCCAGCAUUCCAGAUUUGUAUCUCAAAUUCCUUGCCGAUAAGGAAGCGAUUGUUGAGUUGUAUUCAUAUGCUGGUCACAAAAGAAAAGAAAAAAUACCCUUGGGGGAGCUUACCAGAACCGCACACCUCUACAAUCUGGCGGUAGUGGGAAUUACAACGGAUCCCGACUGUCCUGAUAUCCAAAUGUUCUGCUGGCUUCCGUUUGCAGGUCCUUGGUCGUACCUUUUUUCUAUACACACUCAUCCCAUAAAUUGGUGUGGAGGUCGGCCGUUUAUCUACCACAACGAUGUGCUGUAUCUACAACUGUAUCGUCGAAUCCAACUCGGUUUCUUCAAGGGCCCGUUAACUGCAAGGAAAUCUACAAACUCGUCGUUGGAUCCAGCUACCCUCACAGAAAGUUUGUCCACCGAAACUGAAGAUUGUGCCGCCGUUGCAUUGGACAGGUGUAUCUAUGUAAUAGGAGGAAUCUUUGAGAGCGAAGUUCUUAGCACUGUUCAACGAUAUAACUCUACUUCUCAAUCGUGGGAAUGUGUCGCGAGCAUGCAAGAACAGCGUUACUACCACUGUGCUGUUAAUUAUCAAGAUAGGUAUAUUUACGUACUUGGCGGAGCGGAGGGUUUGGGUUGCCAGCAACGCAUUUACAAAUCAACUGUCGAAAGAUAUGACCCAGAGAAAAACUGCUGGUCAUAUGUGGCAUCGAUGCAUCAACCUCGAAUUAACGGCCUAGCUUGUGUGUUAACCCACAAAAUCUUUGUACUUGGGGGAGAAACGAUAGAUGGUAAUCCUCCAAAUUGCGAAGUUUAUGACCCGUUGACUGACGAAUGGCAGAUGGGUUGUUUUCAGCUUAAAGAAGCUACUUUACCCAAGCUUAAUCCCCAUACUGGCAGUUUUCGCAGACAUUUGUUUGAAAGUGAUAGCCUGCGUUCUUUCCCUUCCUCCCUAUCCCCUACCCCCUACCCCUUUCGACGCCUGCUACGCAGGCCAGAAAGUGACGGCAAUGACGAUGGGUCUAGAGAUUCCAGAGCUCGUUCACCACAUAAAGCCUUUGACUGGCGUUUUGUCUACAGUCCUUCUGUCACAUGUUGUAAUGGACUCAUUAUCCUGUUUGAUUUUGGUCUAUAUUGGCAUAAUGGAGUACGGCUUCCUGUGUACUUGGUCAACCCAGAAUCUGGUAACUUCAAGAUUCUGUAUUCCUUGUCAUCACCAUUCGAUGAAUACGUAUCACGUGGGGUUAUCACCCCUCUGAGCCGAAAGGACAUGAUGAGUGCGCUCGUUAGAGGUCUAUCCUGAGAACAAACUUGUUUUUAAUUUUGUCAUGUGUUAUAGAAAGGGAUACUCUUGAGUCCCGCCUUUUUUACCACAUACAGUCAAGUCCCCUCAUAGCGGACACUGUGGGGAGUUUGAGUUAGUGUCCUCAUUAGCGAGAGUCCGUAAUAGCAGGAGUUUAUGUUAGUCAAACAUCUGUAAUUUAUUUUUGCCUGGGAUUUAGCUGCUGUCCGUGUUAUUUGGAUGUCCGUUAUAACGGGGUGUCCAUAAGGCGAGAGUUGACAGUAAUUAUAACAACACUAAGAACACUUCAUUUUCAUACAGCCAAACGUGAGCCAUGACAUGAGCCUCUUUUUUGUGUGCUACACGCACCAGGUGAUGCUGUUGAAGAAAUCCCAGUUUGAGACCAUGCAAAUCAGGCCGGCUCUGGUAGUAGGGAUCUUAAGCACUGAACCACGACGACAAUCGCAAAACAAACGUAAAAAAGCAAAAAUUUAACAAGAAAAACAACUCUACACGAGUGUGACACUUUGGUGGUUUUCUACGUGCCUUUACUGGACGACUGCAAAGUGAAACCUACUAACGUGAUGUUUUACGGCGGACGUAAACACACGAGGACGCGGUCGUACGAAUUCGACUCCCUUUAAGUCCUGGAAAAAUCCUCUGUAUUUGAAAAACUGGGUGACUUUUGAUCAUCGCGAUGAAGUUCGAAACACUGCGUAUUCAAAUUUUCUGAGACCUUUUUGAUGCCGUCGCCAUUUUGGUUGCUCAUGUUCGCUAUUUAUUCUCUGUAGGUUUUUUUUGUGGCAAAAUCAAUGUAUGCUUUUCUUUUAAUUUGAUCUGGACUUUUGAAGGGGUGAAUGAGCAAGUGACUGGUACCUGGCAAAAUCUGAGAACAAUAUUGCGAAAGCGCACAAAAGAAACAUAAGAGCACCUUGACAAAAGAGCAGGUUUCUCUUGUUUGUAUUUUACAAAUUAUUUGCCGCUGCACAUAGACAAGAACUCCUCGAAUCUGAAGCUGUGAAUGAGUGUUAGCUCCACAUUUCUGUGAACAAAACUUCUUGCAUUUGUUCUGGCUCAUUAAUGAUAGGAUUGGUUAUAGCCGUUCCGGACGAUGUCUAAAUUUGUCUCUGGCGUUACCAUUUACCCACGUGAAAUACAUAUAUUAUGAUCUAAAAUUGAAACGUUGACGACUGGGGAGUGGUCGGCCAUCUUCGAUUCCUUUGUUUGUCGACUACGGGCUUUCUGACUAUGGGGAUUCAUCUGAUAUGGAAAGAAUAUAUGGGAACAAAGACGUUUAACAAGGAAUCUUGUCAAGGUAACGUAGUAGUCGCUUAAUUUAAAAUUGUUUGGUUUACUCUAUUACUCCUGGUUAAGUGCAUUCUUAACGUUAUAUAUUAAACGAUUAAAAACAUUACUACCAGUACAAAAAUAAUAACUAGACAACAGAGUUAAGCAGUCCCCGUUAAUGGACGUUUCAAGAGCUGGGUCUUCCUCAGACUACACUAAGGAGUAAUGACAAUUGCAUCCGGCACUCCUCAACUUCCACCAUCAAAACUAUGUCACCAUUGUUUCUUCGCCAACUCAACUUGUUGUCCGUUGAUUAAAAAAUGUUGUUGCCCGUGUAGACGUCCGUUUUUCUCAGGGCAUGUUUUGUCUGUUAGGAAUUUCUUCAGCAGUUGUGCCAUUUUUAAAACAGUAGAGGAAACGAAGACGCUUAACUUUCCGCUCCACUAAUCGAUGUCUGUUUUGGAGCAGUGACUACCUCUAUGUAGUACGGAUAAUUAUCAGAAGAGUUUGAUCAGCAAUGGUAGAAGGUCAAUGAUUGUGACUGCCGGAUCAUUGUCCUUUGUAGCGUUAAAGUUGUAGUGAGCAAGUUUUCAAUGUAAGAUCUUUGCUUUGCUGUAGCCUGUGGAAAACACUGUUUACGGUUACGUCGACAUCAUUGUUGUUGUGCCCAUUUUAUAAGGAUAAAUUUCAGCUGAAAAGAAUGCUUCAUUGGACCACCCAAGUUACUGUUUUGUAGAAACCAAAAACGACUUGGAAUUGGAUUUUGAAUCUGAGUUUCAACAAAUUUCCAAAAUCAGAUGAUGUCGCCAUGGAGAUAGUCACUUGCUGCGAGUUUUCAGCUAUAGUGAUCGACAUUCUCUAUCAAUUACGGUGUGCGGUUAAGGUUUCAUCCAAACAGACAAUCUAGCUGACUUACCCACCAACCCAUCUUUAUGAGUCAUGCCUAAAUUCAAACAGUCUGCAUCCAAAAGGCCUGAUCGACAUGAGCAGAGCCAUCAGGCCCCCUAACAUGCCCUGUUCAAUAUGCUGAGGCAGUCAACUUACUCUCAAUGAACACCUCUGUAAGCGAUCCCUUCAAGUUGAUCCUUGCUGUUCUUCAGUCACUUGGCGAUAUCGUACUGAAGGACACUUAAGACCGUUCCCAGCGGUGUCUGUCUCAGAGGGAGUUUGGAGUGUCAUCAAUGCCCAAACGCUUUGUCAUGUGGAUGAUACCCUAGGCGACUAAAAGACUGCCCAUGGCUGCCACUUAGCCACUGCCCGGAUAGUGACUGUGCGCAUGCGUUGAGCUUAGGUAUAUAAAGGACGUGACUCUUUCCAUUCCGUAUGGUUCAUCAAAAGUCAGGGGCGUAGCCAGCCCAUAGACUUGUAGAGCCGGGCCUACAGAUUUUUGGUUUGAUCUCUCUACCGCUUGUAAUAAAUUAUUCGUUGUUGGGGUUAUUUAAAAAUCUUAAGAGCUCCAAGUGUUGGUGAGGUUAGUGCGUACUAGUCAUGCGUGCAAUUUUCAGGAUAUUUGGAAAUGAAAUUCAGCCAGGCCUAUAACUAGUCGAAAAGCUGGCUACGCCCCUGAAAGUACACCAAUCCUAGCUAGCGCCGAGAAUUUAAGAGCAUGCAGCACCGCCUCUGAGACUUUUCCGCCCUCUAAUGUUAAUUAGUUUGAUUCCUAGCUUACUAGGCCAGAACAAGAUCUCAAAACCGAUGCUGUAUUUAUCGGAAGAAGCUAAGCUUGGUAUCGUGAGUGGGGCUAUCGCUAUCCUCAUUCUUAUGGUGAUCUGUAUGAUAUGUAAACUGAGCAAGCUACACAAGCAGCCAGCUUACAAAGACUCUUCGUAUCUGAAACAGACCAACAAAACACCCCCAGGAAAAGUUCCGCUAGCUCAGUAUCCCAGCUUUGCCGUGGAUUGUAGCGAGUGUGAGCAAGAAAAACUAAGCAAGAUGAAAGAGAAUGUAGAGCAACAAACUGAGCAAAGGUCUAGUCCACCUAGAAGUAAAGGAACGAUUAAAUUCUCAAUGAUUUAUCAAAGUAAUUUACAUAGUCUGUUACUGAGCAUUAUUGAAGCAGACCAGUUGGUUGGAAAAGACUUCUGGGAUACCGUAGAUUCUUACGUCAAAUUGAGGCUACAACCGGACAACGAGGGAAUUUUAAGGAGGCAAACCAAGGUUGUCAGGAAAUCUAAAAACCCUAAACACGGCGAAAGUUAUGAAUUUGACAUGUCAUUACAAGACGUUCAAGACUCGACGCUUCAUUUGUCUGUCUGGGAAAUUGAUAAAUAUUCCCGGCAUCACAUAAUUGGAGAGCUGCAACUAGAACUAGGUCACGUGAUCAAGGCUGAUGAGUCGGCUGCUUUUGACAAGGAGUUAAGGUCGUUUCAGAGGGUGAGUUAAACUUCCGGUUAACUAUUUAAAGAAAAUCUUAGGGGCUGUCCACAGUUAGUGCCUGGGAACCAGAGCCUGGGCACCGGCACAAAAUGCUUUGAGUUCACAUCUUGAGUACACGAUAUGUAACUGUGUUCAUAGUUACUCCAUUUCGCCCUGUCAGACGCCAUUUUAAAACAUGAGCUUAGCAGCGAAUACAAAAAGAACUAACAAAAACGGUGUGCACACAGGAAGCUGGUGCCCCGGGCACCGGCACCGUGCCCAAAUUCUAGCAUUGGUACUUGAAAAAAGGGUGUGUUCACAUUAGUGCCCAAUGAGUCCCGUACUCGGGCACUAAGUGUGAACGCUGCCUUGAUCACUUUGCCCAAGGUCACUGGGAAAUCAAUCAGGAGGAAGGGAUAUUCAUUAGGGAGAGGGAAAAGGCCGCCCUCAUUCGCUCACUUCCCCUGUUCCCUGUUUCCCUCGUCUUCUCCUCGCGAUUUUUAGCCCCCUUCCAAUUCCCCCAAACGGAAACCCUGUUCACAGACUAGCAUUCCACCUUAGUGAACUUACACAAUAGAGACCUGUAGAUUCUACGAGUACGAGAUUUUCUCAGUACUAAGUAGUGCACACGCGUGAGCCAGAGUCAUUUUGGCGGGAAAAUGUGGUAGCCGUCGUCAUUCUACCACGAGUUUUCGCGCGAAUGUCGUAGUGGCGAAAACAAGAUAUCAAAUGUUAGAAGUUUUUAUCAUUUUUGCGAUCGGGUGGGCGCGUAACCUCCUUCACUAAAGAUAACAAUGCUAAUUUUUCUAGUGAAAAAUGGUAAACGAAGCUUUGAGGGAAGUCUAUAUUUUGAAAAGACGCGAAAAAACUUCAAGUCAAAUCUCGUACUGGUACUCGUCCUCGUCCUCGAAUCUAAAGGUCUCUAAUAGAACUAGGUCGAGGCUUGGAUGAAUUGAUGUUUUUUAUCUACCCGAGCCUCUAGUUGGUGUCCCUUGCUCACAGGAACGCAGGAAAGGUCUAUUGUUAGCUUGUUGCUCAAGACUAACACCCUUCAAAAAGACCCGAACCUGACGCAAAGUUAAAGACAAGUAUUUUAAGCAUAUACCUGCCAACUCUCACGCCUUAGGCGUGAGUCUCACGCCUGCGGGUUCAAAACUUCGAUCUCACGCCGGCUCACGCCUGCGGGCCAAUUUCUCACGCCUGAUUGAAAAAUGUGAGUUGUUGCCGUCCUGCUUGAAACAAUUUCCAAAAAUAUGUUAACUCAGACCCAUGUAAGGAGCGAAAACCAUGUGUAAAAUGAAUAAAUGGCAAUACCUUCCUCGCGAUCUCUGAUUUUUGAAGUGAAAAGCACUGGGAGCGAGCUCGCCUUUGGCAGACUUCGGCAGACUUCGGACGUCUUCGGAAGACUUCGGACUUCUUCGGGAAUCUUCGGAAAUGAUCGAGUCGUCUUCAAAAAUCCCAGCACUCCCAGGAUAAAAAUCUCACGCUUAUAUCUCAGAAAAAGUUGGCAGGUAUAUAAGCAGCCAUCUCUCGAUUCUUAUGAUCCUAGUAACAUCAAACACCCUCCCUGUUUAAACUAAACCGUCUCUCUCAUCUUCCACCCAGACAAAAGCCAACCUGGGUGAGAUAUUAUUUUCUCUCAGUUAUAUGCCCACCGCUGAAAGAAUGUCUGUGGUUCUGAUGAAAGCCAGGAACCUGAAUCCACCUUUCAGUGACUGGAACACUGAAUCAAGGCCAAUUAGUAAGUCUUUAAAACCCAGGAUUUGCGCCAGCCUGCAUAACAGGCGUUUUAUGAGCGAACGCGGCAUUUUGCGCGAAAAGCGAAACUUGUCCUCGCCUCGUCUCAAGUUUCGCGCAAAAUGCCACGUUCGCCUUGCUUGGCUCAUAAAGCCCCUGAUAUGCAGGCUAGAUUUGCGCUAAAGGGUCUUCGAGCUACGCAACCACGACGAACCACGACGGCAAUGAGCUCGAUUACCAGCCGCUGCUUCGGAAAUGAGCCCGCGCUCCUCCCCCUCGGGGAAGUACAAGACAGGACCCGAAAGGGCGGCGGGAAAUCGAGCCUACGACAGUAACGGCAACGAGAGCUUCAGGAAAGCAAUUUGUUAAAAUCAAAGCAACAGCCCUACACGUGCAUCACGUAUACUUCUUGUACAUUUCCUUGCCGUCAGUGCACGAUUAAGUCGUAACAUUUCCUAGCCUGUGUAACACGCGUUGUUUGAGGGCGUGCGCAAAGCGCGAGCGAGACGAAGCGAGGUUAAAGCGAGGGGUAGUUUCGCGCUUCAGGGUUGCCCAUUAAAAUUCGCCUUAGCAUUUCCAAUAACGCCCGAUGAGCCGGGUACAAAUUUCUCAGUUUCACGUUUUAUGGAGGACGCAAACAUAGGCGACGUUUUUCUCUUUCUUUUUCUUAACUUGUAAACGGUCAAUAACAAUUAAACCUUAAAACCUUAAGAAAAUUCGCCUACAUCUGACAAAUUGAACGAGAUGAAACAAUAGCUAUAAAAAUAGAUAACACGCGAAUUCGCUUUUAAAGAAACGUUUUCGCUGCCGUUGCAGUUGUGGUUGCUUUCCCGAGAGAAGUCAGUCGCGUGAACCAGCGAUUAGCCUGUUAGAGGCGUCCGGAUAGUGGAGUGCGGGGCGAAGUAAGAGGGCGGGAAAAAAUAAGUAGGAAGAGAGGGAGAGAGAAGGAAACUCUCGCUCUCACCCCUACCUCUCCCCCUUGCCCUUUUUUUUCUGCUCUCAUCUCGAUCUUUGCGCCGUCCCCACGAUCUGAACGCCUGGAACAGGCUAACAAGCGAUAUUUCACCGUAGUCAUGCCAGUUUGCCUUUUUUAACAGUAUACCCGGAAAUAGACGGUGCGGUUCUUUUAAUUAUAACUUUGACUCGUUAAAGGUCUACUGAAAAUUGCUUACUGCUAAAAUUCUAUUUGAACUGAAGUUUGGUAUUAAUUUAUGAAUUUUGAUUUUGAGGGGGUCUCCCUCCGAAGUUCAAUAAGAACUUUUCGUUUAUUUUUCGAAGAUGACCAGACUGCACUGACGGCACAUAAAACGAUAAGUUCUUUUCUUGUGUUCACAGAUCCAUUCAUAAAGGUGGUCCUUCUUUUCGACGGCAAAAAAGUGAAGAAAAAGAAAACUUCCACCAGGAAACAAGAAACCAACCCAGUGUACAACGAGUGUAUGAUGUUCGAUGUCCCCCCUGACCUCCUUCAUAGAAUUCUCUUGGUUAUCUCAGUCGCUGACUCGAGAACGGACUCAGCGAGAAGUGAUGUGAUUGGUCGAGUGGUUAUAGGUUCAGGAACUACUGGGGAGUCGCUUAGACACUGGCACCAGAUGCUCAUAUCACCUAGGCGACCUGUAGCGGCCUGGCACCGCCUUAGACUGUGAUUUGUAUAAAACAAAAAGGAACCAACUUCAAAGUUACGCCUUGGCUUGUAUUUGUUUUAAGUCACGCUGGAAAAAAAGACUUUGUUGAAAUGAGACAGUGGAGACUUAAAAUGAGGCCUGGAAAAGAUGUGCAUAUAGAGAAGGGACGAAUUUCAGUCGCUACAUUUGUCUUAAUUUUGUAGUUAUCAUUAUCAUAAUAAUUAUUAGCAACUUACUCCCACUUGAAGAUUGGUGCAGUGUUCGGCGUGAGAGAGAGGGAGAGCUCGGUCGAUCGAGAAACCAUCUUUUUAACGUGAAAAUGAUUGAACUGAGAAAAUCAAAAGAAUAACUAUUUUUGUUCUGUGAUUUAUCAAUAAAUUAGUCUCCGACUGACAGUUCAUCUAAGAAGUUUGUUUCUUCAUUUGUUUCUUCUUUGUCUGGGAAAAGACGUAUGUUUUCAGGGUUUUUUAAAAUAACAAUUGAUUUAGUAGCCUGCGAAAACAGCCGUCCCUCCUCGCUAGGAGCCAGGAGGACGGCUGUUUUCUCGGGCUGUUGAUUUGGGGUGGGAAAAUAAUGCUUAAUACAGGGGUACCCAACGACUGUUUUCGGUAAAAUAUCUGUUAGGAGAAGCACGUAUUGCCAAGAAUUUCCUAUUACUCGACGGCGGUUAAAAAUUUCUCGAUGACCGUUCUAUUCAUGUACAAUUUUCGAAGCUCACCAAAAAAAUUCCCUACGAUUUUCUGAAGUUUAAUUUGAGUUUCACAUUUCACUCCCCAGGGUAGGCUAUUUUUCGUAAAAAAAAACCGGAAACCUAGAAUUUUCGGAUUCAGAAAUGUGUUUUACAAUAACUAUGUAAAUCCUCGCUCGCUGAUUGGUCGAGAGCAAUGGUCUAUGAGAGUAUAGGCCGUGGAAAUGACGUAACAUGACACACAGUGCCGGUUUUUUUGUUUUUGGUUUUUCUUAAAAAAAUAAAUGUUCUUGUAAAAAACAAAUCGAACACAAUUUUCCAUGGUCUACACCAUUAUAGAGCAUAGAAAUGACGCCAUAAAAUGUUCAAAACUUUGCAGUGAAGCAACUCGCCUGCGGCUCGUGGUUUCAUUUUAUGACGUCGUUUCUAUGGUCUAUAAGAGUGUAUACAAUGGAAAAUUGUGGUCGAUUUGUUAAAUGGAGAGAGGAAUAAGAAAAGUUCUCAUUUUUGUAAUCCGUUAAAUUGCAUCUAAAAUUUUCGGGAAAAUAAUACUGAGGCCCUCGAAAUUUCGAAAAGACUCAAGAUGCCCUAGGAUGACCGAACAGAUACAAAUUUUAUAGCGUCGCUGUGAAUGCAUUUCUGGAGAUCUAAAACUGCCUUCGAUAGCCUUGAAAAGUGUUUUCAAUGAAUUUAGGAAGAAAACGUUGUUGGGUGCCCCUGUUAAUAGUGUCUCAACGUCUGAAGUGAAUCUAGUAAGCUCUACGAAGAAGGCUAGCAAUUCCACGGUGCAACAAUGACGACAGCAAGAUCCAACAUCAGAUAUUGAUGAAGUAUACAAGGUAUAAAAUACCCUCGACCCAGGUACAGGUACUAAUUACAAGAACCGCAAGCGUAAACAGUGAAUUUUUUCUAGUUCAGAAGACGUAAUAAAUAAGUCAUGUGUCCGAUUGGAAGAAUUGUGUCAUCUUUAUCUUUAUCUGGUGUUUAUCAGAACCGUUUUAUAUGUAAAAUAAUAUACUUAUUUUUCAUUUUACAGCCCGUCAUUUCUAGUUAUUUAACCCCAUUAUAUAGGGAGUGGAGAAAGUGAUAUUAUCAGAGUCUUUCGUGGUUAUUUGUGUAUUGAUCAUCUAUUAUAUAGUGAAUUAUCUAGAAGUUCAAGUUCUACGCUACUUCGUACUCAAAGCCGCUAAAGCAAUAUAAACACCCAGUUAAUAAACACUGAUUGAAGACCAACUUGUAGAAUACUCGGCUGAAAAAUCAAAACGCCUGCAUGCUCAGUCAAUAAAUCUCAUUUUUCAUGUGCAGUAAUUUUUUGAGGAUCAAAUUUAUCAGCCUGUUUGGAAAAGAACCUUACAACAUACAAAACAUUCCCCGAAUUCACUGACAAUCCACACGUACGUAUCCGGAUCUUUUGAAAACGGAAAGUUGUUUUGCGGAGUAGCCCGCGCACGUAUUAGGUGAAAACGGUCCUCGAAAGUUUUUGAAAACGCUCUUCAAUGUGGACAUUUUUGAAAACGCUGCACGGAGUUUCCGGUAUAUUCAAGUGGACAGAAGAAAACGGAAAAAAAUAACGAAUGUUUCAUUAAGUGUCACCUUUCCCCUCUACAACGUAACUUUAUUUUUUUUUCACCGAUCAGGCAAAAUGUUCAAGCUUGUUCUUUCAGAAUACGGCAUAAUCAGUAGGAGGUUCUAAGUAUGCAUGUUUAUUAGGUGCAUAAACAACUUUGAUGACCUUUGGUCACUGAACUUUGCCAACCAAACAUACAAUAGAUCAGCACAUUUCAAGCCAAUCCGUCUUAAUGAAAUGUCCUUUUCCAUUUAGAAACGGUUGCUUAAGGAUGGAUGAAAACGAUUUGAAAAUGAUAUGUGGUCGCGAAUUUUAUCAAAAACCAAAAAAAAUCCGGUUUUCAAAAAAAAGGCAAUAAAAUUGAAUGACUAAUACGCAACCCUCAGAGACCUACUAGAAUACACAAAUUAGUUUUGUUCUUAUGCUGCUGUUGUUGUUUUAUUGUUGUUUUAUCUUUGGAGCUGUAAUAUAUGCAAUCAGAAGCCUAUAACUCUGCUUCUCCGGAUGCAAUACUCUUGGUGCAAGCUGGCUAAGUCAGUUUUUACGAAAAACAUUAAAACUUGUUGAGACCUUUUACUUUUACACUCUAGGCUAGAAGUGAAGUUAUAGAAAAACUCUUCAACAGAAACACCGGCUACAAUACACGAGUGGAACAACUAAGAAGUUUGAAAGUAUGAAAACGCGCGUCAUUCCACGAGCCCCCAAGUGGUCGAUGGACUAAAAGCCAUUAUUAAACCGUAAAGAUAAUGGACUUAAUGAAUUUUUGUGGCAUAUGUCAUGUAGAAAAAUGAAACCUUUCCUCUCCCUUAAUCAUACAAGUUGAGUUUUCACGCCUUUAAAAACCCAAGAGAACUCGAAACGACUUCUUUUGGAAACAAUGACCUGGGGCUUGUGAUUUCCAUAAGUUUUACAUGCAGUUCCCUUUUGGACCGACAGGGUCUUUCAGCAUUCAGGGCUUUACUGAAAAGGAGAAAACAGCCCCUUAUUUGGGUCUAAAUGACUUCUUCGCGAAUCAUAAAGCUACCAGAACGUUUUUCAUAUCUUAGCAGGCGCUAAAAUAUAAUAUCGAGAGACAAAAACGCCAGAAAGAUGUAUAAUCACAUUGGAUUUUUAUGUUAACAUACAAAUUAAAGGAAGUUAAUUUCCCAGAGCACUGUAGAUUGUUUGUUAAUUUGCAUUUGAAAGGUUUUAACAACCUAUUAUUACGUUUGUAGGUGGGUAUAUUUAGCUUGCGUUUGCAUUUUCAAUUUCUGUCGGUCUUUUUAACAAAUGACCUGUCAAAUACUGUUGCUUACUCUCAUGCUCAGGAUGUAAAUUACGUCACGGUAUAAAUUACCAAUUAUUGCUUCGGUUAAAAGCACUUUCGUUGAGAAGGUUUGGGUUUUUUUACGUCAAGUUGAUGAAUCUGUGUCGUAAGUCAAAAACGUUUCAUGAAUUUAACUUCCAGUGUGGUAAAAAGUCACCAAACCAUAAAUUCCAGAAGUUAUGAGUACUUUAGAUGGAAUCUUUGAUUCACAGCUGAGAUUAACAUGCAUUCGAGUUUUGCUAAAGGUAGGUAACAUUUAUUCUACGUGGUUAAAGUUUCAAGUUAAUUAUUCAGAAACAUUGUAGAAUAGUGCCAAAGAUCGUCUUUCAGCUUUAGAACGCUAAAAUUUUCAGAAAAAGAUGUUUUUACAUUGCAGAUUGCGAGAUUACUUAUGCAAACAUGAACAAAGAAUCCAGCUGCGUUUUAACGCAGGAAAAAAUAUGUAGUUGCACAUUUAUUUCCCUUUCAAAAACAGUACCGUACCUCGGGACUUUAAAUUCCUUAAUGAUAAAGAGCCGAAUAAUGAACGCAAUCGGGUGUGAAAAAGGCAAAAAUUGACUUUCACUAAAUUUCAAAAUUUCGUAAAUUGAUAUUUUCUAUAGUUACAAUAGUAUGCAGUAAUACAAUGUUGUUUAAAAGUUUCAGAUGACAAGUUUUUUGUAGCUAAUUAAAAAUUUAAACCCCUCGUUAGAUCAGUCUUCAAAUAUGUCCUCGAUCGCAUGCAAUAAAAGGAAAAUGGCAACCUUCAGACCGGAAUAAUAUUUGAUAUAUUGUUGGAUUGGAAAAGCAGAACUACAGGGUAAUAGGUUUUCAUAGAGAACAAACUGGAUUGAGCCGUCUUCUUGGACCUGUUGAAAUCACAACCGGUCGACUGAAUCAAUUGCUCCAUUGGUUACUGUCUGGUAAGGAGUCAGGAGUUAAGUCCGUUUGUUUAUGGAGAGUUAAUAUUUAGAACGCUUCUAAGAACGUUUUAGCCAUUAUUUAGUACUUAACUGGAGCCGAAAUGUCUGGUUUAAUAUUCGAGUACGCCAACCUCGAGUAGCUAUGGACUAAAAACUGAAAAACGCGUUUAUAUAAAAGCGCUGGGUUAAAAUUGGUCAAAUGCCGGUAAAUUGAUCGACAACAAGUGUCACAAGUCAGGAUACAAAUAUAAAAUUCAUUCAGUAAUGAGCGCAUAAACUGGCGUGAUAAAUUUUAUCUCGAACUUUCUGGCUUUUGAAGUAUCGCGGUUCCUUCCAAUUCACGGAUUUGUAGUUCACCAUAGGUUAAACCGGACUUGUUUGUAUUUUAUUUAUUGCUGGUUUUCACGGUCACGACUCACAUGUAAAUAGUAUGGAUAUGGCAACUUAAUCUUCCGCUAUCGCCAAUACCACCAUGACGCUAUACUGCUGGAGCUGUUUCCUACAAUAAUAUGAAAAAACUUGAGAUUUUUCCUCAUUGCAAAAGUUCCUUUUAAAAAUUGUUUGUGACCUCGCACCAGUCCUUCCCGCCAAAGUUUUAAAUGAGCGCGGUAAAAUUGGAUAGCAUUCUCGAUUUUCUUCCUGUGGGGGAGUUUUUACCAAAAUGGCCGUGACCAAAUAUAUGUCGGAUUUCGUACCGUACAAGGCGUAUUGUGGAUUUUCUGUACGUAAGUAUUUAAAUAGGGAAGUUUAACGUUUUAUUGAAAGGUCAUCCGUAAAGUUUAAGCUGAAGCGAGCCGUGACAAUAGAUGCAAAUUAGAUGUUUAUCCGAAGAUUUCGGCCGUUGGGUAUAUUUUUGUAUUGAUCUUCAGACUUAUAAACGCCUAACGGUUUAAAGCUGAUGUUGAUCCUUCAGAUUGUAUGUUUUGCAUCGCACAUUCAGUUAUUUGCUCGAUAAAUUAAAAGCCUUAACUUGCAAAUUGAGGCUUUUUGUGCCCUUAAAAAUUGAAUAAGAUUUUCUUCAGUAUAUUGCCAUCACCCAGCGGGGUUCAUUGUCUGGAAUAGCUUGGAAUGAAUAAUCUUUCAACAAAAUGCAGGCAGCCUACAUUCCGUGACAAGGUUAUUCAAAAGAGGUGAUAAUAUUUGUUUUAUAGUUACCAGUCCUGCUUAUUAGCUAGUGAAUUAGAUUUAUCUAGAUUAAGCUUUUCAACAUCUUAUCCUAUCCUCUACAAGUCAGAUUUGCAUUUUGUUAGGGGCAUUGCAAGUGGUAGGGAGAGGAGACUGAGUGGCAAUGACAGUGAAGUGGUGGGCCGUGUUAAGAAGUGCUGAGAUUUGAAGUCUGUGAAUACAAUGAUUUACAGGCUUAGUUUCUUAGUGGAGAAGCAAUCAGAUAUAAUGUUGCCAAAAGGCAUGGAUUUUUUUUGGCAGGCAAGAGUUGUGGGAUGGGGAGGGGUUGGCCAGGGUAGGAGAAAGAAGAAUGAAGUGAAUACCAUUGGAACAAUGCAUGCAUGUGGACAGAAAAAUACCUUUGGCAGUAAGAAGAGCCAAUCAGAUUACACAAAAGAAAUUAUAUUUAUUAUACAGUAUGCCAUAUUCUGCAUCUUGGUUAAUAGCCUUCCUUGAAUAAUCAGCCCCCAUCAACCCCUUCAGUUUUUCACAAAUAUUGUCACAGCUGCUUGCAUCAAUUUGUAUUUGUAGGAUAAUGUUCAAUACUUUGUUGUCCAAUCCAGAAAGCAGCUGAGAAAGACUGAUUGGUCAAUGACUCGAAUUGAGCUUGAAAGAGCAAGUCAGUGACCCAAAUUUAGAACACUCUUAAAGCCUUUGUUCACUCCAUUAAAUGUCAUUGUCUUAUGACUGAAAAAGAAGAUUUGAAGAGAAGUACUGAAAUAAUAUAUAGUCAUCCUCCAGUGCUCUCUCUAGAAUAAUCACCUUUUUGGUGCUUAAAGAGAAAAGAUUGCCUUCGCCAAUUGUUCCAGGAAGUAUGGUAUGUUAGCAAAAUGUAUGUCUAUAAAUUUGGUUUAAUUUACUUCCAGAACCAUAGAGUGCUUUAGCAAGCUGUGUUAAAUUGUAUCUGGAAAGAAAGCCCAUGGGAGUUUCAACACUGUCAAACAGAACCAUAAAACUGAACAAAAGUGACGAGGAGGACAGCAAGGAGGAAAAAACCAUGCCGACAAUCAAGCCUCACAAUGUACAAACACCAAAACCCCAGGCAGCAAAAGUGGAAGGAAGUACGUAUUUAAUUGGAUACUUAGACAUUUUAUGGACUUUAACCUUCAAUAUCUAGAAAAGGAAUAAUAUUUUUUUCCUGAAAAGUUAAUCAGAAGGUACCAGGAACAUCUCUUGUCACAAAUGCAUAACCUAAUCUUAGUGAACAUUGACUAAAAGUAGUGUUGGGAAUCAGUUAAGAUCUCAUAAUCGAUCAUUGGAAACAUUGGAUUGACCCACUUGAUCAAUCAUCGAUUAUAAUUAUGGAAACAUUUCCUUGUUUUUAUUUUUCACCUUUGUGCGAGUCAAUGUACAUGUUAUACAAACUUUUUGAGUCUUUUGACUGUAGACUCUUCUGAGCUUGGAAUCUUUUCUGUGCUUUUGGUUAAUCAAAUUCUCUUUUUUCUUUAAUAAUGAGAUUAUUAAACAGGCAACACACAAGUUUAUGCUUAUGGUUGUCAAAAAUAUGUAUAUAUAUAUUUUUUUUUUUCAGUGCAAUAAUCGAUUGAACAUUUUCAAUAAUUGAUUCUUGCAUCGCUUAAAGAUUUCAAUUGAUGAUUGAUUAUAAUCGACAAUCUGCUCACCACUGACUAAAAGUUAUAAUCCUUUUUAAUAUUUUACAGUACCAUGGUGGAUGGUAUUUGGCGUUGGUCUGCUUGGUUUUCUCAUAGUUGCCGUUUGCUGCUACUGUUUUUGUUAUCGGAAAUGCUGUAAGAAAAAGAAGAAGGAAGAGAAAAAAGCUGCAAAAGAAAAACUUGACCUGAAAGAAGUACAGCUGCUAGCAGCUAGUUACCAGGAAAAAGUUCAACCAUCUGUGGACGAGUUAGAUUACAAUAGUGAUGAAUUCCAGUCUGAUGGCAGUUCAGGAGUUAAAAUAGGUAUAGAUAAAAAUGUAAUGUCUAAUUUUGUUGUAAGCUUAUUCCCACACAGCUAGACCUUUGCUUGGCUGGGAUGACCCCAGCGGGAGUGGGUAAUCGACCAUUGUUUGGGUACAGGUGAGCUUAUUCCCACACAGCUAGACCUUUGCAUGGCUGGGAUUAGCCCAGGGGGGGUGGGUAAUCGACCAAAGUUUGGGUAUAGGUGAGCCAAUGAGGGUUCAAAUCCUGGCUCUUUUUAGGACAAAAAAAUCCUAAAAUACGUACCCUGUUUAGGACAACACCCUCAAUUUUAUUACCCUGUUUAGGACAAAGGACAAAAUGCACGCCGUCCUCUUUCAAGGGCAUUUAUUGGCAAUUGCAGUAGAGCAAAUUCACGUUAUAGUUAUUAUUACUUCUGUAUACUUGGAGUACAAACAAAAUAAUGAAUUCUUUCAUCAAGCAAAUCAAAUCAAUCGUGCAGGCAAAACUCUGUUUAUAAUUAGGCCAAACUCAUGAGAAAUUAUAAACCCUGCUCAGGACAGAUAGGACAAAAACCAUACCCUGUCCAGCGGCACAUCUCCGUAUAGACCAUAUAAGGGAGUACACCCCCAAGGUCCCGCCCAUCCUCAGUAGGAGACAUAAAAGUACUGUCAUCUAUAAAUAAUUUUGUACUAUAUACAUUGACAAUGAAAUUAAAUUGUGUGCUUUUUUGCUGUGACUAGGUCGAAUCCACUUCACCCUAGACUACAGUUUCAAUGAGAAUUCACUGACAGUGGGGGUGAUAGAGGCACAGGAUGUCCCUGCUAAAGAUUUUAGUGGAACAUCUGAUCCGUAUGCUAGAGUCAUGUUAUUACCAGACAAAAAAAAGAAAUUUGAAACCAAGGUGUGAAAUUACAGACUUUUUGGUUUGUUGUGACUUCUCUUGGAUUGUAUACAGCGGAACUUUGAUAUAAUGAACCUCUAUAUAACAAACUCCUCGGUAUAACGAACAAUUUUCUUCACCCCAUCAAUAGUAAAGUAUAUGAGAAAGAACCUUGAUAAUAACAAAACCUAAAUAUAGCGAGGAAACUUUGCAAGUCCCGCAGCCCUUCGUUAUAUAGAGGUUCCACUGUAUAAGGGACAUAAUUAAUUUUGAACUGCUCAGUGUAGCAGGUUUCCAUCAAAAAAUGUAAACAUGGAUAGCUUUCUUUCAAUGUGAUGCCCGAUCAUAUACAGUUUCAAACCUCCUAUGGAGAUGUCAUAAAACUGAACCAGGCCAUAUGUAUUUUUGAAUAUUAUUAACAGAGAUUUUUUUUAUUUUUUGUAAUUUUAUAGAGAUCCUCAUUUGGCAUCCCAUUCUUCCAUCCCUACAAUUUUGAUCUUACCUGCAACUCUACUCGAAACAGUUUACUUUCCCAUUUUAUAACAGUGUGAAGCUCUUCUUCAAUUAACUGUGUAACUAAUUAAGAAACUCUGAAUAAAUUCUGAUCAAUAAUACACUUUUCUUCAUAUAUUUAGGUUCACAAGAAAACUCUAAAUCCUAUAUUCAAGGAAACAUUUGUGUUCAAGAAUAUUCCAUACAGCGAAAUAACAAAUAGAACUCUUUGUAUCGAGCUCUACGACUUUGAUCGCUUUUCCAGACAUGACAUCAUUGGAGAAGCCAAAUUGCCAUUAAUUGAUGUUGAUUUAGCAACUAAUAUUGAUGAGUGGCGUGCUCUGAUUCCACCUUCAUCCUCAGGGGGCCUCACUGGGGUACAUGUAAGUUAACUUUCUUUGUAGUUGAGCCUCGCGUAUACUGGGGACCAAAGUAACGUAAAACUUGAAUUUGUUCAAACCAGAAGCAUAUACCGGGUAGGUUAUACUUCUGUUUCAAACCUUUGGAAUAGUGUGGGGUUAGAAAAUUUCUUGCAUAUCUUCUGACUACACACCUUCUCACCUUAAAUCACCUGAUAGUGAUAACUGGUUGGUUGUAUGUGUUUUGGCUGUUUCUUUGUGUUGUGGAAACCAUUGUUGGUUCGCCUUUAUGUUAUGGUGUGGGUAUUGUUUGAAGUGUCUUCAAUCGUUGUGUUAUAUCAUUUAGUAAAUUGCAACCGUUCGCAACACUGAGAAACUUUCUGUGUUUUUCAUAUGUUAUAAUUUUCUUUUUUAGCGGUCCAAGCCUGAGCUAGGUCAACUUUGUUUUUCACUGCGUUAUGUGCCUGCCGCGGGCAAAUUACAAGUGGUCGUAUUAGAAGCUAAAGAUCUUAAAGCCAUGGAUGUCUCUGGCUACUCGGGUAAGCUACAAAGCUGUCAUUAAGGGAUGGUGAACAUUUUGCUUGGCAGUAAUAAUUAGGAAACUGAGCAUUAGUUAUUAAAAGAAAUUAGAAGAAAAUGCAAACCUUGACAACACAUGAAACCCUGGCUACUUUUCAAGGCUCAAAAUUUAAUGCUUUAAUACAAACUUGCCAACAAAUGCAAGUCAUAAGAAUUCCCUCUAGCAUAAAUUUCAGGGCUCGAAAAAAAGUCCUGUCCAGUAGUAGACAGUCUUAAUAAAAGGAUUCUUAGAUUUAUAUCUAAAAGACGACUUUGAAUCUACCUAUAACAUUUUAUUGGAUCAAGUCGACUGUGUUUCUCUAAACAACAGACGUACACACAAUAUGCUAAUUUUACACUACAAGAGUUUGUUUCUGAGUAAGUAUCCUAUCUACAUGAUGAAUAUGUUCAAUCUAUGUAUUUUGUCUUAUAAUUUAUGUGGCAACGAUAUUUUGACACUGCCUGUAACUAAAACUACUUCUUAUGGCCUUCAUUCUUUUUCUUACCAUGCCGCUACCGGUAAACAAUGGAACUUACCAUCAGACUCAAUUAGUACCAGCGAUUUUACUAACUUUAAAAAAAAACAAUUAGCUAGCCUAAACAGUAAAAUAAGUUGAAGUGCAUUGUAUAUAGUGUUAUUUUCAAUAAACUUUCCGUAAGAUUUUAUUGUAUAUUAUUUUUUGUUUUUCUCUCUGAAAAAUUAGCUCCUUAAUUAGGACAAAUAAAGUUAAUGUAUGUAUGUAUGUAGUCCAAGAUGAGUAGUUUUUCUUCCUGGGCAAGUAACUCUUAAAGCACACUUGCCCAAUGCCCAAGGGUCCAGGAAAGUCAUCUUCUAACAAAAUAAUUAACUAAGGUGAUUGGCCCUGGUCGGGUAAGCAAAAUGCGAGAGCUGCUUGCUUAAAGGACACUUUGGGAAUUGAUUUUUUUUCAAAGCCCUGAACUUGUGAGUAAGCAUUUAACCACUGCUGCGCCGGCUGCCCUAAAAAAAUGGGGAAUGAGGAAACAGAUUCUAGAUACCGUUUUCAAAAAUUGUGGGUAAGGGUUGGGCAAGGUUGCAAAGCAGUCUUUAAAAAUCUGUUUUAAAAUUAAAUUUGAUUUUUAGAAAAUCAUUGUCUUUUUAUUAUUGCUGCAGAUCCAUAUGUGAAAAUAGCGCUAAUUCAAGAAGGAAGGAAACUAAAGAAGAAGAAGACAACUGUCAAGAAAAGGACACUGAAUCCUUACUACAAUGAACACUUUACUUUUCAAGUUGCUUUUGAGAACAUUGAACAGACAUCUUUGAUAAUUUCUGUGUUAGACUAUGAUCGUGUUGGUCGCAGCGAAGUAAUUGGUAAAUGUGUUGUUGGUGAACUGUCGUCAGGACCUGAUCAACAACACUGGGUGGAUAUGCUGGCAUCACCACGAAGAGCAAUUGCACAGUGGCACACCUUACACAAUUAGACCUUUUUAUAUUUACAUAAAACAAAAAUAAUUCAUACUAUUAUUAUUAUUACUAUUUCAAAUGGUUACACAUUUAUGUUAGGUUUAGUAGUAUCAUUUGUCGCCUUUUUAACUACUACAGGAGUCCAAAUUUAAAAGAAAGAAAAGUUUGUCAAAAAAAAUGAGCAAAAAAUGAGAUUAUUUCAAGGUGAUAAAACAAAAAUACUGCCACUUAUUUUUCAUACUCAAGAGAAUAAUAUUGGUAUAUUUUAGGUCAACUACAGAUUGUACUUCUAAGUGUGAUGUGAUUAAGAUUGCAAGGGCUUGAUCAUUGUUUGAACAGAGCUGUAGAUUUGAAACUGAGGACGUGAAAAAAACUUGAAUUCCAGCUUGUUAUUUUGCUUAACAAGGGCAGUUGUUUGCUUCUCUUUUAUGAUUUUUUUACAUUAGAAAAAAAAAAUUUUCCAGAGCCCUUGCCCUUUGCGCAAGUGAGCAAGAAAAUUUGUGCACGCGGCAGAAAAGUCUUUUGCCCUGGACAACCAGAUAGGACUUUUUCAACCCCUUUAAAUUCUUAAAGGUCUUGACUAGGCGUAGAUUUACUCACGUUUUGAAAUCCUCUUACUAUUACUUUGAGCUAACUAUAAACAUGGAAAGUCUCUGACCUUUCCUACACAGACCAUUAGUAGCAAUGUUAGGGUGUCACUAAGAUUUCAAGUUGCUGGGUAAAUACAAAAAGUAGUAGGGGAAUAAAGAAGCUAGGGGUUUUGAAAGUAGGCGGGGGCCAUGUUCAUGGUAGCCGGAACAAGUCCCCCGCCUCCGCCUCUUAAUGACGGCUCUGAAUGUAAUAUGAACAAGCUGUGCAUUAUUGGUACUUCACACAGCAAAAUAACACUUAAAUUUUUUAACUGCACACUUUCAGUGGUGUCUAUAGAGUGGAACCCAUAAGCAAACACUAGAUUUUACCAUAAAUCUUAUAUAAUAUAUAAUUAUAUAUGAAAGGUUUUGAGACAAUAUGAUGUAUAUUUUUAAUAUGUGGUCAAGUUUUUUAGGAAGAGCAAUCCUUUUCUCUUACAAAAUUAUUGAAAAGUGAAUCAUUGGAUGAUGGUAUACCAUAAAUGACCUAUUUAUAAUAAAUGCCCACUUCAAAAUAAACGCCUCUUAUCUAAUAUACGCGCCCUCUACUGGUUAAAAUUUUAUUAGACACCCAUCUCUAAUAAACUCCCCCUGUCUAAUAGAUGCCCCCUAUAGAAUUAGUCCAAAAUACUAGGAAUUAGCAAAAAGGUGCAAAAUUAUUCAAUUCAUUCACUUUCUUGCUUGAUUAACAAGGCUUGGUGUAUUUCAUCUUGUUCGAUGUUAAGUUUAAAACAAGGAUAGACUAAUGAUGGCAACACAAUUACAAUGAGCGAGGAUUCUGGCAUAAAUGUUGGAAUUUCAAAGAGUGAUAUGGAUCUCUAGACGGC